AUGGGGCAGCAUGUACCCCCUGCCCCCCAAGCCCCAGCAUCGGGUACUAGCGAGCUUGAUACAAGUGCCCGUGCAAGUCAAGUUCCGUUGCUGAACGAUUUGUCCCCGAUAGGGCAAAUUCAAAACACCAUGAUCCUCCAGCGUGAGCGAGUUCUUCGCAAAGCGAAAUGGACGCUGAAGCUUCGAUGA